GCGUCCUCCAUCUGCCUCGCCCAAGGCCGUGGCUAUGAAGCGGCACCGGGUGCCGGCACACGCCGGGCACUGCUGCGUGGCGGAGGACUCGGCACCGGCGGGGGCCGCGGCCGCGCUCCCUUGGUGCCGUCCGCGGGCGAGCCGGGCCCGGCCCCGCACGGUGCAGCAGGUUGAGCCCGAGCCGCCCUCGGGAGCGGGGCUGCCCGGAGAGCUCGGCCGGAGGUGCUGGAUGGCGCUGCGCAGCGAGCCGCUGCCACCGGAUCCUUCCGCGCCAGGUACCAAGAACUUCCUUAUUACACCGCCUGCAAAAGCAAAAGAGUUGGAGAUGAAGACAGAUCCUCCAGAAGCUUUUCUGGAAGGGCAAAAAUACUAUGAACAGGGGUUGUAUGAAGAAGCAUUAAAGCAGUUUGAAAAAAUCGAAGAUUCAUAUUUUCAAGCAAUGUAUCAACUUGGUGUAAUGUAUUAUGAUGGACUUGGUACUAAAAAAGACCCUGAAAGGGGAGUGGAAUACAUGAAUAAAAUACUCGACUGUGAUUCCCCAGAAGCAUCACACUUGAAGUUUGCAGCUGCAUACAAUCUUGGCAGGGCAUAUUAUGAAGGAUGUGGCGUUAAACAUUCAGUUGAAAAGGCUGAAAGGUUGUGGCUUUUUGCUGCAGACAAUGGAAAUCCAGAAGCAAGUGUAAAGGCCCAGAGUACUUUAGGAAUGCUUUAUUCUAUGCCACUUCUAAAAGAUCUAAAGAAGGCCUUUUUCUGGCAUUCAGAAGCAGCUGAAAAUGGAAAUCUGGAAUCACAAGGAGCCCUUGCCAUUAUGUAUCUCUAUGGACAAGGUGCACCUCAAAACAGUGAAGCUGCUUUGGAACAUUUGAGAAAAGCAGCAGAACUUGGAAACAUCUAUGCUCAAGGCCAUCUUGUGGAAUAUUAUUACACUAGAAAAUUUUACUCAAAAGCUGCUGCAGAAGCCAGAAGGGCUACAAAAAAUGAUGACAUCAAUAAGCUGGCCGAGAUGUCCGACUGUCAUCCAACAUAUGUAGCCAAGGGGGCUGCUAUGGCUGCUUUCUACUUGGCUAGAUGCUUCCAGCUUGGUCGAGGUAUAAAGAAGGACAAGGCUGCUGCUGAGAAAUACUAUUCUAAGGCAUGCCAUCUGGAUCCUAUUGUUGCUUCUAACCUUGAACUGGCAGCUAAUCAUGGGAGAAUUUAGUGUUUCCU